AGUAAGAAGGGGGAGGACUCGUAAGCCGAAGCACGGGCAGCUGGAAGUUGUGAGCACUAGUAGGGGGGCACACAUGCACAGACAGGCGCACACGCAGCGCUAUUCCAGACAAACUUUCCAGUGAAUGCAGAGCGGGAGGCGCCCGGCAGGAGCACAGGGAAGGCGCUGACAUUUAUCACAUUUGGAAAGGCAAGUGGCCAUUUCUGGAGAGGUGGCACCUACACACAUUCAACUGGCACACGAUAUACCGGAGCUUGUGUCAUUGCUAUAGGAUAUGGUAUAUGUGGCUAAGGCUGUGAGUAGCUGCAGAGCUGUGUGAGUGGAGCGGGAGGAGGCAGAGCAAGUAACCGCCGCACAAGCUGUGAGAGACACACACAAGAGCCGCAGGGAUACGGAGUGUCAGCAAACGACUGUCUCUUCACUGCAGGCACCUGCAGUCUAAACCGAAAGGGCUUCAAUUAUCCCCAAGAGCUGCGUCCGACUCUUCCCCCUCAUUCAAGGAGGCAGUUAUCUAUCAGGAAGGUGCGCGGAUUAUUGGGAACCUGCUCAGCUGCGCGUUGUUGAUUGCCGACCCCACGGACAUCUGGAUCUCUUAAGCGGCGUUGCAGCGAUUUCUGGGAGUAUUGGCGGAGUGCGGGGAUGUUGGGAAAGGGACCAUCUGCAGUAUCAAUGCGGCUGAACUGAAGGAAGGGGAGGGGGGAGGCGCCCGGCUCCCAGAGCAACACGCAGAAUCAUUAUCUCCAAGAAUUGCUCCAUUAUAGUGUCUGGAAAUAUGGCGACCACAAGAUGGAUCAGUAUAAUCACCCAGAUUGCAUUUGUAACCACAGUGUCAGCCCUCACCAGGCAAACCACCCAGUCAAAAUUAAACUUUACCAGUUUUUACGCAGAGCAGUCAGACUGGACAUUCAACCAUUUAGUAGUUGAUGUAAGGAGUGGACAUAUUUAUUUAGGCGCAAUUAACAGAAUCUACAAGCUCUCUGAAGAUUUGAAAGUUUUAGUAACUCACCAGACAGGACCAUCUGAGGACAACCCAAAGUGUUACCCUCCAAGCAUAGUACAACCAUGUAAUGAUCAGUUGGUGCUAACUAACAAUAUCAAUAAAAUGCUGCUGAUAGACUACAAAGAAAAUCGGUUAAUUGCAUGUGGGAGCCUUUACCAAGGUAUUUGCAAGCUUCUUAGGCUUGAUGAUCUCUUCAAACUUGGUGAACCUUCUCAUAAGAAAGAGCAUUAUCUUUCUGGAGUAAAUGAGAGUGGCUCUGUUUUUGGAGUCAUUGUUUCGCACAACAAUCUUGAUGACAAGCUCUUUAUUGCCACAUCUGUGGAUGGGAAGCCAGAAUACUUUCCUACUAUCUCUAGCAGGAAGCUAACCAAGGAUUCAGAGGCCGAUGGAAUGUUUGCCUAUGUUUUUCAUGAUGAGUUUGUAGCUUCAAUGAUAAAGAUCCCAUCUGACACUUUCACCAUCAUUCCAGACUUUGACAUCUACUAUAUUUAUGGAUUCAAUAGUGGCAAUUAUGUCUACUUCUUGACUCUUCAGCCCGAGAUGACUUUCCCACCUGGUUCUGCAACAAAGGAGCAAGUAUAUACAUCAAAAUUAGUUCGUCUGUGCAAAGAAGACACUGCUUUUAACUCUUAUGUUGAGGUUCCCAUUGGAUGCGAGAAAAAUGGAGUGGAAUACAGGCUUUUACAAGCUGCUUACUUGUCCAAAGCAGGAUCUAUACUUGCCAAAUCUUUGGGAAUUAAACCUGGGGAUGAUAUUUUAUUUACUAUCUUUUCCAAAGGUCAGAAAAGAAAAUUAAAUUCACUGGAUGAGUCGGCUUUGUGUGUAUUUGUUCUUAAAAAAAUUAACGACCGGAUUAAAGAGAGACUUCAGUCUUGCUACAAGGGAGAAGGCACUUUAGAUCUUGCGUGGCUAAAGGUGAAGGAUAUUCCCUGUGGCAAUGCGCUCAUAACCAUUGCUGAUGAUUUCUGUGGCUUGGACAUGAAUGCACCACUGGGAGUAUCUGAGAUGGUUCGAGGGUUCCCUGUCUUUACAGAAGACCGUGAUAGAAUGACUUCUGUAAUUGCUUAUGUCUAUAAGAAUCACUCACUGGCAUUUGUGGGGACCAAGAGUGGCAAACUGAAAAAGAUACGUGUUGAUGGCCCCAUCAAUGGAGCUUUACAAUAUGAGACUAUCCAGGUGGUGGAAUCUGGUCCCAUUUUAAAGGAAAUGGCUUUUACCAAGAAUGAAGAACAAUUGUUCAUCAUGUCUGACACGCAGCUUACACUGGUGCCAGUUGAAUUGUGUGGGCAAUAUACUACGUGCAGUGAGUGCCUUGGCUCUGGAGAUCCCCACUGUGGAUGGUGUGUUCUUCAUAAUACGUGUACAAGAAAGGAGAGGUGUGAACGUUCUCAUGAACCUAGAAGAUUUGCAUCUGAAAUGAAACAGUGCGUGAGAUUAACUGUCCACCCAAACAACAUCUCUGUCUCACAAUACAAUGUGCUGUUGGUAUUGGAGGCAUACAAUGUACCAGAGCUGUCCGCUGGUGUCAACUGCACGUUUGAAGAACUCUCAGAAAUGGAUGGGCUCGUUGUUGGAAACCAAAUUAGAUGCAUUUCACCAGCUGAGAAAGAAGUUCCCAGGAUAAUCACAGAAAAUGGUGACCAUCACAUUGUUCAACUACAGCUUAAGUCCAAAGAAACUGGAAUGACCUUUGCCAGUACAAAUUUUGUCUUCUACAACUGCAGUGUCCAUAACUCGUGCUUAUCUUGUGUGGAAAGUCCAUACCAGUGUCACUGGUGUAAAUAUCGCCAUGUUUGUACCCAUGAUCCACGAACAUGCUCAUUUCAAGAAGGAAGGGUCAAGAUGCCUCAGGACAAAUUUCAGCAGCAGUUUGAAGUUUUACCCCAUAAGGCCUUUCAUGAUGUCCAGAAGACUGGCUUGUGGAGAAAAAAGGGAUGGGAGAGUCAUGAAUGCCCUCAACUUCUUCAAACAGAAAAAAUCCUUAUCCCUGUGGAUGUUGUCAAACCCAUCACCCUAAAAGCAAAGAACUUGCCACAGCCACAGUCUGGUCAGAAAGGAUAUGAGUGUGUCCUGAAUAUUCAAGGAAAUGAGCAGAGGGUCCCCGCUCUUCGAUUCAACAGUUCCAGCGUUCAGUGUCAGAACACAUCAUACGCCUAUGAAGGUAUGGAGAUUGACAGCCUCCCUGUAGAACUAACUGUGGUCUGGAAUGGGGAUUUUAGCAUCGACAACCCAGCUCUCAACAAAGUUCACCUAUACAAAUGUGGAGCCAAGCGGCCAAGUUGCGGCCUGUGUUUGAAGGCUAAUACAGACUUUCAGUGCGGUUGGUGUGUCGCAGAAGGCAAAUGUACCCUCAAACAGCACUGCUUGCCAUCAGAAAGCCAAUGGCUAGAGCUAUCAGGGACGUAUGGAAAGUGUGCAAAUCCAAGAAUAACACAAAUCACACCAGUAACUGGCCCACGGGAGGGAGGAACAAAAGUAACUAUUCGGGGAGAAAACCUGGGUUUGGAAUUUUGGGAAAUUGAAAAUGAUGUCAAAGUAGCAGAAGUGAAAUGUACUCCUUUGAUUGAGGAGUAUAUUCCAGCUGAACAAAUAGUGUGUGAAAUAGGGGAUGCCAAGCCCAGCCAGCAUGCAGGAUUUGUGGAUGUUUGUGUGGGAAACUGCAGACCUCGUUUUAUGGCAAGAUCCUCCUUACUUUACUACUUUGUGACAUUAGCUCUGUCACGACUAGAGCCUUCCCAGGGACCAGUAUCAGGAGGGACACAGGUCACUAUAACUGGAACAAAUCUGAGUGCAGGUAGCAGUGUAAAAGUUAUGUUUGGAGGAGAGCCAUGCAUUUUUGACAGGAAAACAGCAACAGAGAUCUUUUGCAAUACUACAGCUUCUAUGAAUCUGGGAAAGGUAAAAGUUACAGUACAGGUCGACAAAGCGAAGAUUGCUCAAGAACUGCAGUUUGAGUAUGUGGAGGAUCCCAAAAUUCUCAAAAUGGAACCAGAGUGGAGCAUUGUCAGUGGAAACACUCCUAUAUCCGUGUGGGGUACAAAUCUGGACAUUAUCAGGAAUCCCCGCAUAAGGGCCAAAUUAGGUGGAAAAGAACAUAUAAAUAAUUGCACUGUGCUAAACUCAACGGAAAUGACCUGUCAAGCACCUGCUUUGGCUGUUAACUCUAACCACCAAAAUGAAUUUAUUGAGCGUCCUGAAGAAUUUGGUUUUAUAUUGGAUAAUGUCCAAGCCUUGCUUAUUUUGAACAAAACUAAUUUUACAUAUUACCCUGACCCAGUGUUUGAAUCUUUUACUCCAUCCGGAAUAUUGGAACUGAAACCAGGAACACCUAUAAUUUUAAAGGGAAGAAACCUUAUGCCACCAGUUGCAGGAGGGAAUAUGAAACUUCAGUACUCUGUGUUCAUUGGGGACAAGCCCUGCACAGUAACUGUUUCAGAUGUUCAACUUCUUUGUGAGUCUCCAAACCUCACUGGACGUCACAAAGUCAUGGCUAGAGUGGGAGGAAUGGAGUUUUCACCUGGAAUGGUCUAUAUAACCCCUGACAGCCCGUUAAGCUUGCCAGCUAUUGUCAGUAUUGCAGCCGCUGGAGGUUUACUUAUAAUCUUCAUUGUGGCAGUUCUCAUUGCUUACAAAAGGAAGUCACGAGAAAGCGAUUUGACAUUAAAGCGACUGCAGAUGCAGAUGGAUAACUUAGAAUCAAGGGUGGCCUUGGAAUGUAAAGAAGCAUUUGCUGAACUUCAGACGGACAUUCAUGAACUAACCAGUGACUUAGAUGGAGCUGGGAUUCCUUUCUUGGACUAUAGAACAUAUACCAUGAGAGUUCUCUUCCCGGGUAUUGAGGAUCACCCUGUCUUGAGGGAUCUAGAGGUUCCUGGUUACAGACAGGAGCGUGUUGAGAAGGGUCUCAAGCUAUUUGCACAGUUGAUCAACAACAAGGUGUUUCUGCUCUCCUUCAUCCGAACACUGGAAUUUCAGCGCAGUUUCUCCAUGCGUGACAGAGGCAAUGUGGCUUCCCUCAUCAUGACAGUACUACAGAGCAAAUUAGAAUAUUCUACAGAUGUACUGAAGCAGCUCCUCUCAGAUCUUAUUGACAAGAACUUGGAAAGCAAGAACCAUCCCAAGCUACUUUUGAGAAGAACGGAAUCUGUAGCAGAGAAGAUGCUGACCAACUGGUUUACAUUCCUGCUUUAUAAGUUCCUCAAGGAAUGUGCAGGGGAACCCCUCUUCUCCCUCUUCUGUGCUAUCAAGCAGCAAAUGGAAAAAGGUCCCAUUGAUUCAAUUACUGGGGAAGCACGUUAUUCACUUAGUGAAGAUAAACUUAUUAGGCAGCAGAUUGACUACAAGACAUUGGUUCUCAACUGCGUCAACCCUGACAAUGUGAAUAGUCCUAUGAUCCCUGUAAAGAUCUUAAACUGUGACACAAUUACUCAAGUGAAAGAAAAGAUCCUGGACGCCAUCUUCAAAAACUUGCCUUGCUCUCUCCGUCCAAAGGCCGCAGACAUGGAUUUAGAGUGGCGACAAACAAACGGAGCUCGAAUGAUUCUCCAGGAUGAAGAUACAACAACUAAGAUUGAGAAUGACUGGAAGAGGCUAAAUGUCAUUGCACACUAUCAGGUACUAGAUGGCUCGGUUGUAGCAUUGGUUUCUAAGCAAGUCACAGCAUAUAAUGCAGCCAAUAACUCCACUGUAUCUAGGACAUCAGCAAGUAGAUAUGAGAACAUGAUCAAGUACACUGGAAGCCCAGACAGUCUUCGUUCUCGAACUCCAAUGAUAACUCCAGAUCUAGAGAGUGGAGUAAAGGUUUGGCAUCUAGUGAAAAAUCAUGAACAUGGAGACCAAAAGGAAGGCGACAGGGGAAGCAAAAUGGUGUCAGAGAUCUACUUAACAAGGCUCCUAGCUACAAAGGGAACAUUACAGAAAUUUGUGGAUGACCUGUUUGAAACAAUAUUUAGCACAGCACAUCGUGGAAGUGCUCUUCCUCUUGCAAUCAAGUAUAUGUUUGACUUCCUAGAUGAACAAGCAGACAAGCAUAGUAUUCAUGACCCUCAUGUGAGGCACACUUGGAAAAGUAAUUGCUUACCACUGAGAUUUUGGGUGAAUGUCAUAAAAAAUCCCCAGUUUGUCUUUGACAUACAUAAAAAUAGUAUUACAGAUGCCUGUCUUUCUGUGGUAGCACAAACUUUCAUGGACUCAUGCUCAACCUCAGAACACCGUUUAGGGAAAGACUCCCCUUCCAACAAACUUCUGUAUGCCAAGGACAUUCCCAGUUAUAAGAACUGGGUAGAAAGGUACUAUUCUGAUAUUGCCAAAAUGCCAUCUAUAAGUGACCAAGAUAUGAAUGCUUAUUUGGCCGAGCAGUCCCGUAUGCACAUGAAUGAAUUCAACACCAUGAGUGCACUCUCAGAGAUAUAUUCAUAUGUCGGAAAAUACAGCGAAGAGAUUUUGACAGCACUUGAUCAAGAUGACCAAGCUGGGAAGCAAAAACUUGCCUACAAACUAGAACAAGUUAUUGCCCUGAUGAGUAUAGACAGCUGAAAACUAUCUUUCCAGGUUGCCCUGGGAGAGAUAAACCAAGCCGUGCCUCAGUCAAGAUCGUCAUCUUUACCAAGUGCAAGUUUUGAUUAUCUGGAUGCAGAGCCUCCAUCUGCUUCCUCUUCUUCCUUCUAUGAACCUCAUGGAUUCAACAAUAAAUCCUUUGGCUUAAAGGAGGAUAUUCAGUUGGACUGCCUUUGGGAAACAAAGACUUUCUAAGACUACUGCUCUCAGAGAAAUGAUCACAUCAGUAUGGGAAAAUAGUAGGUCUUAUCUGCUGUGCUGCUUUUAGCCUCCUCUUUACCAUAAACUGGUAGGGGUGGAAUAUGAACCCAGUAUUAUUGUAUUGUAACAUUCAAAUUAAAAAUGGAUACCUUCUUUGGCAGAACAAGGCAUCUUUGAUAACCAAAUUAUUUCAAAAUCUCUCUUCAUGAAACAAUGGAUUAUCGUUUAGCAUGAAUAUAAGACCGUGUAAAAUCUUUCUUAAAUCUCUCAGAGGCAGUUAGGAGUAAGAGGUUACAUUUUUUUGUAUUGUUGUAUUUUUUCCAUGUCUUUGUUUUUAAUUAUUUUAGUAAUUAUCAGCAAAAUAGGUUAAAAUGUGUCUUAUGGCAAAAGUGAUGCACAUUAUAAAAUAAAAGGAACUAAUAGUUUUAAAGGUUGCCAUCUGAGAAGAUCUGCUAAUGGAUACCUGGGAGAAUAUUAGCAUCUUAUUUAAGGAACCUUCAGUGUUCUUCAGGGUUGAUCACAGAACAAAUAGAACAUUGUUAUAGAAGCAUUAUAUAUGCUGUAGUGGAAACCCAAGUUCAAAGCCAAGAAAGUCUUUCCUGUCCUGGUGGAUGUUCCAAAGUGGAAAGUUACACCAUUAAACCAAAACUCCUAUGCCACAACAUAUGAGAGCUUGGGAAAUUAUAACAAGUUACAUCAAUGGUUCACCUUAAUGUCGGAUAAAAGCAGUGGCCUGUGACUAAAUUUGUGGCAUGUCAUUGGAUAACUUUGUUUUUUGAGCAUUUUGGUUCUAUGAAGUACACAAAUUGGACAAGUAAAUGAAUGAUUAAAGCUUAAAUUUGCGAAUAACUAGUGUCUGCAUAAACCCCAUAAGUUUUCAAAUAUCCAAAAGACAGCAGUUCUCAAGGUUUUGGAGUAAAAUCGGACACUUGCAUUUUGUAGUCGACGCAUGGAAAAGGAGCACAACAGAAGAGCAAAAAAGAAAAAAACAGCACAAUUUUUAUUUGGAUAUCCAGAUGGAAGGAUAUAUCCUGGCACCUGCUUAAAAAUACUAACAAUAAGAGCUGACUUUUUGGGAAAAACUGCCACAAGACUUUAAAAACAAGCAUAAUACUUUUUAAGGUAGCAUUUUAACCACAUAAUUUUCUUUCUAAAUGUGCAAAACCAACAUUGCAGUAUUUUAAUGACAAACAUGUUAACUCCAUGUGUUAAUGAAACAAAUGCAAAGCAUACAUUUCUCAAGAACACGCAAAUGAUGUGCUGCAAGUUUUAAAUACAUUUAAAAUGUAUUAAAUGUCAUUGGCAACUAGAAGAAGAAAAAAAAUCUAAAAGCAACGUUAUCUUGUUCAAUCACCAUUGAAACUGGAAUAUGAACACAUGGGAAAUCUUUACAAAACAGCAAAUGCUUUGUGUUUUUGUUAAAAGCAACGAAGCCCCAUAUGCACCUUAUUUGAAUGUAUCAUUAAUUGAAAUAAGCAAAUUGUUUUGGAACUCUUUGGAAUGAUUAACAACUGAGUAUGGAAGCAGGGGGAGAGAUAAAAUAAUGAGAAAAAUCAAAGAAUUGUAGGCACAACCAAAGUUCAUGGCAACACUGCAGUGCCCUAGUAUAAAUGCUUUUUUAUUCAUACCUGGGUAAAUGUCACUAGGAUCAUAGGCAGCCCAUAGUGCUAUAUGGUCAAUAUUAAUUUUGUGGUUGUAUGGUAAAUUUUUACCAAAACAAAAUGUGAUGACCUCACAAUUCUAACAAAAGUAAAAGGUUGUAUAGGAAGUAUAAUUUCUAUGUGAACCAUUGUGAGCUUUUAAGCUGGUCAUCUGACUCCCUUUAAAAUAAUUUGUUUUGUAACUCUGAGCUCUUUGUCUUGAAAUCUGCCAGAGUUGUGCUGUGAAUUUGUAGGAUCUUUGCCCAAAAGUUCCAAUUAUAACAUGGCUUUCAGAUGAUUUUUUUAUUGAAAAUAACGCAUGUUAAUAAUAUUAGAUCUGAGCAAACACUAAAGCCUUGCUGACGUGGAUGUGUUCCCUCCCCAUUUCUAUUUCUUUUUCUUUUCCCCUUUUCUUUUCUUUUUUGUAUGUUCUUAUUUAGCUUUUUUGUCUGCCUGAAUGCAUAAAUCUGAGUGGGUUGUCAUGUGAUUAUAAUCUAUGUUAAGGUGGAAUCUUUAUCAAUGACUUUAAUAGAACAUGUUAAAAAACUCACUAUACAUUGCAAAUACUCAGUUUUCCAUGUAAAAAAACCCAGUAACCAAUUGCCUUUAAUGAUACAGUUACAACUAAAGGCCACUAAGGUCUGCAAAGGUGGAGGUCCUUAUUUUAAGCUGCGAUUAAAAAAAAUAGUUUGACUUAUUUUCCCUCUUGUGGACCAUUGAAACCUGCUGUACAGAAAAUAUUGUAUGAAUAAUUAUUUACAAUGUGGAAAAAUAUUUAUUCAUGUAUAUUUAUGAUUCUAAAAGUAAUCUUUCUUUUGUGAUAUAUAUUACUGCCCAUUGUAUUAAAAAAGGAAUAUAACUUUAAAAUGUAAUGAGGGCAGUUUAUCCAGCUGCCUUUAUAAUAUUUCUUGAUUAUUAAAGGAAUCUAAUUUAUAUGAAUAUUUAAGUCAAAUAUAACAGACAGGAAGACACCCCCCCCCCCCUAAAUUUAGCUUACAGAAGAGAAUAACCUGCCCAAGAAGAUAUUUUACUUAAUGCAAUUUAAAUACUUGUUAUAAGGUUGAAGAGUUUGUACUUAUAAGGUACAGAGCAUGAUAGGGCUGAUAUUAGCAAAAGGGUGUAAUUCAUCUUGUAAAUGUGUUUCAUAUUAGCUGCAGAUGAUGUUCUGGCAACUGUUUAGAGGUGAAGAAAUGACUUAAUUUAUAUUAUCUAAAACCAAAAAGGGAAGAAAUUUUGUUGCAUUAUACAAUAAUUGAAUACUUACUAAUGCUGGUGUUUAAGUAAUACCACUCACUUUUUAAAAAAAAAAAAUAGAAAGCUUGUCUUCUUCAUUUUAAAGUAGAACCAGUGUUUCCCAAGUACAUAAAUGAAAGCCUCAUUUCUCAUGUGCAAAUACAGUCACAGUACCAGUGAUACACUCUGUAUGAGUGAGUGUCCCUCUAGAGCAGUGAUCCCCAACCAGUGUCAUGAGCGACAACUUGAUCUCCAACCGCUUGGCCUCUUUUUUAAAUCUUUGCUUAAAGGCAAGCUUUAAGGGUAUAAAAACCAGGUGUACUGCCAAACAGAGUGUCCUGUAGGCUGCAAGUCCACACAGGGUCUACCAAUAGCUAAUCACACCCAAUAUUUGGCACCCCCAGGAACUUUUAGCAUGCUUGGGUUGCUCUUUUUUACAUUUAAAUGUGACUCAUGGGUAAAAAACAAUUGGGGGCCCAUUUAGAGCAAAGGCCCACUGUGUGUGUGUGGGGGGGGGGGGUUGGGUGCUUGAACCAGUGAUUCUCAGGAGGUAGUUACCUAGAAAUACAGUCCAUUUCUAGACAACUAUUUCUGCCAACACUGCCACAAGACCUUACAUGAGAUUCAAAUACAAAUAAGUGCUGUCAACAGCAGUGAUCAAAGCAAUUAAAUUGUCCCAUGUGCGAGCUUAGUUGCAUUGAUGCCUUUGAAAGACAACAGCAAAUCAGACAGCUAGGACUAAGAAUGACUCUUCCAGUUUAUUAAAUGUGUCUGACAUUAUUGUUUAACAAUUUGCUGUGCACAUUUCCGCUACAUGUAUAUUAUUAUGGGAUAAUUUAGUGUGUACAGUGCAAUGUGCAAUUCAGUUCUUGAGCUUUGCACCCUGCCCUAAGAAACAUUUCCCCAUGAAUACAGCACUGCUUGUUUCCUGGCACCUACUGGCACUGUCAUUUCCACUUUGUGCCCAAUUUUUUCAUUCAAUGUCAAGUGCAGUGGAAAGCCAAACCCCUGGCCCUAAGUGCUUUUUAAAGAGCAUAAUUUUAUGCUUUAGUGCUCUUGCACUUAGGUCAUUAAUACAUUAUGUAACUAAAAUUGUAGGGAGCCCUGGCUUGCACAUAGUAGCUUUUUCUCAAAACUACUACCAGUUGCAUAACUAGAUAUUGCUGGGCCCCUCAGCAGAUUAUUUUUCAGGCCCCCAGGUUGACCAGUUUUACCAAUAUUUAUUUAGAUUGUAUAUGAAUUAGGACCUUAUGAGGUCCCUAUACCUCCUGGGCCCCCCUGCAGCAGCGAUUCUGCUUCCUCUGUAGUUACGCCCCUAACUGCUACAAAGCUUUUUGAAGGCAUAAUCAACAAAUCUGUGCCACGUUUUUAAACACUUUCAAACAUGGCUUAGUUAUAUAAGAAAUAUUAUUUAUUGGUCUUCAAGUGUCUUCCAGCAUAAAUAGUUUCUAAAAGAUAAGCACUUUGUAAGAAAGGGUACACAAAGUCAAAUUAUUCAUGAGGGAAUAGGAGCACUGAAUUUCAUUGUAUGUAAAACAAAUGUUUUGCUUCAAAGAUUUUAUCCUUAUGUCUUCCUGUCAUAUUAGCAUAAUUCAUCUGGCACCCAUAUCACAUUAAAUUCUUACAAAAUGACCUGUUGCAUAUUCUCUCUUCAAAGUGAAUAUGUAAUCAGUCAUUGGUCAUCUUGAUCUCUUGUAUUGCUGCAGCUGCAAAUGACUUUGGUCAAGUCAGAAUCAAUUUCCUUACAGGAUGGUAGAAAUUCUCUACCAUAAAUGCAACACACACAAAGAAAGUGCUGAUGCUGUUGAAUCUUAAUAGUUUUUGAUAAAGCUUCCACCUAAAAAAUUCAUAUCCGUAGAGUCCAGUGUUACUGCGAGCCUCAAAGAGAUAAAAAUGCAUAUUAGAAUGGAGGUUUUUAUUAUCUUAGUAAAAGUUUAAAAGAUAUACUAUUUAAAUUGGAAGAGAGUUGUAACUUGGUAAAGGCAAGCUUCUGUAAUUUUGUUAAAAUUAAUUGUAUACCUGUGUAUGUAAAUAUAAUGCAUUCCUAUUUUGCAGUCCAAAACAAAA